ACAGGGGGGGAAGGAGGAAGUGGGGCGGCCCGCGGGGCUCUGCCUCUGCCGCUGCCGCUCCGGUAGUCGCGGGGCUCGGCCGGCCGCUGCUGGCGGGGAGAGUCCUUUCCACGACGCGUGGGCUGACCGCCCUCCAGGGCAGGCUUGCGCUCCGGUGCUGCCGCUGAAGCGAGGCAGGCAGGGAGCGGGGAGCCCCCCGCCGGGCCGCGGCGCAUCGCCGGGGAAGUUUGGUGCGGGGCGGGAUCCUGCCGGCCGCGGCGGUGGCGCCGGGUAUGAACGGCUUCGCCCCCGAGGAGGUGACCCAGCGUGGGGCAGACCCCGCCGCCGCGCCGGUGGUGGGCAGUGCGGGCUCCGCCGUGGAGGUGCCGCCGCCGCCAGCGCCGCCGGGGCUGGGUCCGGCCGCCGUCGCCGCCGCGGGCUCGGCGGGCGGCGGGUGCGCGGGCGGCCCCGGGGCCGGGCAGCUGUGCUGCCUGCGGGAGGAGGGGGAGCGAUGCGGCCGCGCCGCCGGCAACGCCAGCUUCAGCAAGCGCAUCCAGAAGAGCAUUUCGCAGAAGAAGGUGAAGAUCGAGCUGGAUAAGAGCGCAAGACAUCUGUACAUUUGUGACUUCCACAAAAAUUUAAUUCAGAGUGUGAGAAAUAGAAGAAAGAGGAAAGGCAGCGAUGAUGAUGGUGAUUCACCAGUGCAAGACAUCGACACUCCAGAGGUUGAUUUAUAUCAGUUACAAGUAAACACACUUCGAAGGUACAAAAGACACUUCAAGCUACAGACCAGACCGGGACUUAACAAAGCACAGCUUGUUGAAAUAAUUGGCUGCCACUUUAGGACAAUUCCAGUGAAUGAAAAGGACACCUUAACAUACUUCAUCUACUCAGUGAAGAAUGACAAGAACAAACCAGAUCUAAAGAUGGAUAGUGGGAUUCAUUAGGCAGAAAAGGUUGGGACUGAGACUCAGGCUGCAAAUGAAAAGACUGAGGUUUUGUUGAUAUGCAAAAGCUUUCUUUGUAACUUUUUCUCCUGAGAGAGUUUGUCUGGUUUAUUUUUCAUAACCUUGCUGAUUUGUUUGAAAACCAUCUCUUAUGAAACAAAUUUCCUCAGCAAAAGUAUUUUAAAUAAAUAUCAUUGAUAUUGUUGCUCAAAUGGGUGUGUCUGUAAUUUUAAUGAGUUGGACUCGAUCCUGACAGGUCCCAUCCAGCUCAGCAUAUUGUGUGAUUCUAUGAUACUUGUACCUAAUAGUUAAGCUUUAAUGAACUAUGUAAUAAUAUUAAAAUAUUUUCAAUUGAAACGUGCCAAGGAUAUAUUUGUAAGUGUGCCUCAAGUGCUUAUGAUGCAAUGCCUUUAAAAAAAAAAACUGUAGCAGACUUGGCAAUAGGUUCUUUUUCCUAAGGUAAAAGGUUUUAAGUGCCAGUUCUGUUCUUAGCUGGGCAGAAAUGGCUGAGUAACAAUUUUUUCCCCCUUUGGAAACAAGUAUUGGAGGAUUUUCUGAUUUGUUUAUUCAUUGUGUCAUUGCUGAGAUACGUGCUUCCAAGCACUGAGGCCUUCCUGCUCCUAUAUUAAAAUGGAAAAAAUGCAGCUCUUGAAUUUCAAAGCUGUAAGUACAGAUGAAGAGACUGCUGCAGCUUGCUGUGCUGAGAAAUCCUUUGACUCAGUCAGAAAUCCUUUACCUGCUGACUUCUCCAUUUGUCUGCAUGGACUGCUGCUAAGAACUUAAUUGGAGAAUGAGAGUUGAGCCUGUGUGGGGUCAAUACUGCCUUUUCUAACAGGCACACUGCUUCUUUUCCAUUGCAUGGAUUAGCUCAGGCCUGUCUAAAAGGAAUAACCCCCUCUCAAUAAACCCAGAACUCAUGGUAGCUUAUGGAGAAUAAUAUCCAGCAAUACUUAGGCUUUUAAUUGAUUGUCUUAGAAAACUCUGAUGUUGAAGAUGGUAUUAUGAAUGACUUCUUGUAUUGCAACUAUUGUGUCAAUCUAAAUGUGUGGUGUAUGGAAAAUUAUUUCUUUCUGCUCAAAGCUGUGCAUGUAGGAUGAAUAAACAGCUGAGGGAAAAUAGUUUUCAUCUUAAAGCUGAGGAGGACAUGGUUUCAGCUGGUCCAGUUAGCAUUCAUUGCAACUCCCAACCUUAUCAGAUGUUUAUAAGCUUUUCCUUAAUUUGGGAAAAAUAAGAAAGCAGUAUGUCUGUGAUCUAAUCUGCUUGAUGUUAAUCUUUUGAGUAUUUUUGAAAAUUACUACUCUGUGGGCAUCACUACAACUAAGAUGCUUCACUUUGCUUUUUUUGACCUGUGAGGCUUGCACAGAACUGAAUGAUGAUAAACCCUAACCUCAGA